GUGUUCACCGCCAGGUCCUCUUCGUCACCGUGGGCUGGUUUGUGGGUUAUUUCCUCAUGAGGCGCAUGGAGUACAUGCACGCCAAGGUGGACCGGGAGUUGUUCGAGUACGUCCGGCAGCACCCGGAAGACUUUAAGGCAGCAGACAAGAGGAGGAUCGGAGAGCUCUUGGAGGAUUUCUACCCGGUUUGCUGA